GAGGCAAAUUGACAAGUACGGGUACUCUUUACCUCAUAUUAUUUUACGAAGUAUUUAUUUACGUAUUUUAAUCCAAUUCGGUUUGAUGAUUGAACACAUAGUAUUAAAAUUGGCAAAAUAAACUGUUCAGUAUUACGUCAGACUUAGUUUUACAUUGUAUUCGCGAGAAAAUUGAUUGAAAGUGCUUGUAAUACGCCGAAAUAAAAUAAUUCGUCAGUGUUUUUAGUAUAGUAUUAUCUAACAUUAAAAUCGCCUAAAAUGUUAUCGGAUAACGUGACACUGAUUGUGAAGGCUCCAAACCAACAAAUAGAGGACCAGAAUAUAGAAUGCCAAACAUCAUGGACUGUGAAACAAUUAAAAGGACAUUUAUCGGAAGUUUAUCCCAGUAAACCAAAAACAGACGAGCAGAAAAUAAUUUAUUCCGGUCAAUUAUUAGAUGACAACACUAUACUAAAAGACGUUUUACGAUCUUACGACAGUGGUAUUGUGCAUACUAUGCAUUUGGUCUGUAAGCCAUCGCGCAACAUGACCAAGGAGAAGACCGAAAAGACCACAGAGACCGCGCCAACAGCGCCACCUACCGAAGGACGGCAGACAGAGACCACAUCGAGACCGGAGACGAGACAGAAUGAUCAGAAUCACAAUGUAGAAAUGCAGAAUUACAGGAAUUCAUUUGUUAACAAUUAUGGAAGGGUGCCGCCUUAUCCUAAUUAUAAUUUCGGUGAAGGAUAUUUACAAGGACCAAAUGAUGCUGCAAUGUUUGCAAAUCACAUGAUGAUGGUGCAACAGGCGUAUUUGCAGUAUAUGCAGCAAUAUGCCAACAUGCACCGAGUUGCAACAGAACAAGGCGAGGUUCCUGGGGCGGGUGUUGCGGGGCCUGUGGGGGGUGUUGCGGGCGGGGCGGAGGCGCGGCCGGAGGCGCCUCGUGAUUGGCUCGAUCAAGUGUACGUGGCGUCACGUAUCGCCAUCCUGCUCUCGCUCGUGUGUGUGUACGGCAGCCCCGCGCGUCUAUUGCUCGUACUGCUGCUUGCUGUAACUGCAUAUCUGCAUCAAAUAGGAUUCUUCCGCGUCCUCAAUGUUCAACAAAACAAUGCAAACGCAAACGCACCGAAUACCAACACACAAACACCAACAGAGGAAACUGAACCCGACCCCCAACAACAAUCUUUACUCGCCUCCACUUGGAUCAUAAUCACAUCGUUCUUCGCCUCACUCAUGCCAGAGACAAUCUGAAUUUAAUUAAUCGAUUCCAAUCGUUUUCAACAAAAUCGAUAUUUCGGGCAACGAUUACAUUUCGAUGCAAAAUUGAUGUAUCGAAUUUUAAAUUAAAUUUUGUGGUACGUAGAAAAAAUCUGCUGCAUAUUAAAUGUAUUAGUUUUUGAUUUAUUACAUCUUAUAUUACAAUUGUACUAAAAGUGUCUAAAUAACAAUUAUUCUUAUUAA